GACACACACCACCUUGCACCACCACUUACAAGGAGUGAGGAGGAACCACCACUUACAAGGACACACACCACCUUGCACCACCACUUACAAGGAGUGAGGAGGAACCACCACUUACAAGGACACACACCACCCUGCACCACCACUUACAAGGAGCCACAGCACCCUGCACCACCACCACCACCACUUACAAGGACCCACAGCACCUUGCACCACCUACACCUAUAGGGAGACAUGCUGAGAGUGCGCUGCCUGAGAGGAGGGAGUCGCGGGGCUGAGGCCGCUCACCUGAUCGGAGCCACGCUGGGCCGUGCAGCAAGCGCCUGGCUGCAGAGAACCUUCCAGAGCACGUCCAGUGCUGCAGCUGCUCAAACACAAACACUUGACCACCACGACCACGUUACUGAACCUGCACUGCACACCUGUCCUGUCAGCAGCCACAACGAGUGGGACCCCCUGGAGGAGGUCAUUGUGGGACGUGCCGACAACGCCCGUGUGCCGCCCUUCACUGUGGAAGUAAAGGCCAACACAUACGAGAAGUACUGGUCCUUCUACCAGAAGUUUGGGGGCCAACCUUUUCCUGCGGACCACUUAAAGAAAGCUGUUGCUGAGGUCGAAGAAAUGUGUAAUAUUCUGCAUCAUGAGGGCGUCACUGUGAGGAGACCAGAACCCAUAGACUGGUCUCUGGAAUACAAGACUCCAGACUUCCAGUCAUCAGGCAUGUAUGCCGCCAUGCCCCGAGACAUCCUGAUGGUGGUGGGGAAUGAGAUCAUCGAGGCUCCGAUGGCGUGGAGGUCUCGCUUCUUUGAGUACCGAGCAUACCGGCCUCUGAUCAAGGAGUACUUCACAAAAGGUGCUAAGUGGACCACAGCUCCCAAACCCACCAUGGCUGAUGAGCUCUACGAUCAGGACUAUCCCAUCCGCACGGUGGAGGACCGACACAAGCUGGCCGCUCAGGGCAAGUUUGUGACCACGGAGCACGAACCCUGCUUUGAUGCUGCAGACUUCAUCCGGGCUGGGAGGGACCUCUUCGUGCAGAGAAGUCAGGUGACAAACUUCAUGGGCAUCGAGUGGAUGCGCCGCCACUUGUCUCCAGACUACAAGAUCCACAUCAUCUCCUUCAAAGACCCUAACCCCAUGCACAUCGAUGCCACCUUCAACAUCAUCGGACCAGGACUGGUCCUGUCCAACCCGGACCGCCCGUGUCGCCAGGUGGACAUGUUCAAGAAGGCGGGCUGGACUAUUGUCAAACCUCCCAGUCCUCUGAUUCCUGACGAUCACCCUCUCUGGAUGUCUUCCAAGUGGCUGUCCAUGAACGUUCUGAUGCUGGACGAGAAGCGCGUCAUGGUGGAUGCCAACGAGGCCACCAUUCAGAAGAUGUUUGAGGACCUGGGUAUAAAGACCGUCAAGGUGAACAUUCGCCACGCCAACUCGUUGGGUGGUGGCUUCCACUGCUGGACGACAGACGUCCGCCGGCGUGGUGAACUGCAGUCCUACUUCCACUAGCCUGGCCAGAAACAGUUUUUAUUGAGCUUGAAGGGAUGACCUGGUGUCACUUGUUACUCGCAGUGAUUAUCAGGAUCCUUUCACAAACCAAGCUGAGAGUUAUUUGGCGCCACAGGAUGAGUUGUUUAUGAAACGCAUUGUUGUGGUUUUACAGCUUUGUGGGGACACGACUUGAUUGGGUACAUGUCCUCUCACGCUUUGCCCCGCCCAUUCUCACAGCUCGAACGCUUUUUUACAAAGCAAUGUCCAACUUUUAUCCUGGUGGUGUACCCAAUCAAGUGUCCCCUGGGUGUACUGGCUUAAUGGCAACAAACGAACAUGACGACUCCUUCCCUGCGAUCAAUAACCUCAACAUUAACUUCCCUGCGAUCAAUAACCUCAACAUUAACUUCCCUUCGAUCAAUAACCUCAACAUUAACUUCCCUUCGAUCAACAACCUCACGAUUAACUUCCCUGUGAACGAUAACCUUGAGAUUAACUUCCUUGUGAACUAUAACCUUGAGAUUAACUUCCUUGCCAUCAAUAACUUUAAGAUUAACUCCCCUGUGAUCAAUAACCUCAAUAUGAACUGCAUUUCUGGCCUGGCUACUAGAAGGUGGUCUAACUUGGGCACAAUCAAAGAUUGUUUUCUAUAUUGACAGUCCAUAUCAAAGAGUGUUUUUUUAUAUUGACAGUCCAUAUCAAAGAUUGUUUUCUAUAUUGACAGUCCAUAUCAAAGAUUGUUGUCUACAUUGACAGUCCAUAUCAAAGAUUGUUUUCUAUAUUGACAGUCCAUAUCAAAGAUUGUUUUCUACAUUGACAGUCCAUAUCAAAGAUUGUUUUCUAUAUUGACAGUCCAUAUCAAAGAUUGUUUUCUAUAUUGACAGUCCAUAUCAAAGAUUGUUUUCUACAUUGACAGUCCAUAUCAAAGAUUGUUUUCUAUAUUGACAGUCCAUAUCAAAGAUUGUUUUCUAUAUUGACAGUCCAUAUCAAAGAUUGUUUUUUUACAUUGACAGUCCAUAUCAAAGAUUGUUUUUUUACAUUGACAGUCCAUCUCGAAGAUUGUUUUCUCCUGUUACACAACUGGGCAACUUCCAUUUUCACCCAUGCGCUUGGCAGUCAAUAAUAGUUGAAUAAUAGUUGAAUAAUAGUUGAAUAACAGUUGAAUAAUGGUUGAAUAAUGGUUGAAUAAUGGUUGUGUGAUGUCAGGCUGGCACUACAGUAGUCCAAAGUGUGUUGUGAUGUUUUGUAUCGUACAACCAUGAAUAAAUGUCAUGAAGAACACUCACUGGU